AUGGGUGCCUUCGUUAGAGGACGAGCCAUUUCACAAUCCCUGUUUACUCUCCACCUCUUCACGCAGAAUGACAUUAUGACAACGAUCAUUCCAACGGUAGGCAUGCUGGCGUUCCAAGUAACUUCUGAAGAUGGCAGGAACAAAGCUAGCCGACCAAUACCGGCGGGGUACAUCAGUUUACAAGAUGCGAUCUAUCUGCGCUGGGCACUGGUCCCCAUAUGCUUGAUAUCGUCAGCGUUUUAUAGCAUCCAAGUGCUUAGCGCGAGCCUAGCGAUAGCCUUUCUCACUCUUUGGUACAAUGAGUUCAGAGCCCAUAGUCAUUGGUUUUCGAAAAACUUGAUGACUGGCGUAGGAUAUGCUUGUUUCCAGGUUGGGGCCACCCUCAUUGCAGGUCGGGAUAUGUCACGGCUGGAGCCUGCUGCUCUCUUAGCUGUGCUGCUCAGCAUCGCGAUGUUCGCCACCACGCUCCAAGCACAGGACUUCAAAGACCAGGAAGGAGACCGCUCCAUAGGCAGACGGACACUGCCGAUCGCAUAUCCUUCCCGAGCUCGCGUGUCCAUGUUUAUAGGACUUCCGAUGUGGUCGAUUUGUCUUACUCAGGUCUGGGGGGUGGACGUAUUUUGCAGCGUUGCAUUCGUACUUUAUGCGGGCCUUGUCGGAUUGCGAUUCAUGGUGUGUAAGACAACUCGGGCGGACCGCCUAUCGUGUAAAUUAUAUAGUGUUUGGUUUUCUGUCGCAUACCUUCUUCCUGGUUACUGGCGAUACUUCAGUGAAGCACAUAUGCAUAUAUCAUAG